AUGAGGACCGCUGGUCACGCUCUUACCGGCCGUGUUUCAGACAGCUCGGCGACGCUCUCGUCGCAAGUCAAGCUCGAGGCAUUCAAGCGGCCUUCUUCUUCAACCACGGCAGACUCAAUCGAUCGCGGGACGCUUCCCCUUCGGCAAUCGCCCGGAAUUGAUUUUCGCAACACGAAGGCCUGCCGGCGCAAGACAACCUCGGUGGUUGACAAGCUGUCCCGCGUUCCCAUACCUUGCGACCUGCUCGACUUUACCCUACCUGCCCUCUCCUUCACGCCCUGCGACCAUCCUCCCCUCCGACCCUUCCAUUCCCAUCGGCUCGCACAUUAUUGGAAUCAUCCAGCUCGCAGGAACCAGUUCCUGUUGACUGGAUUGCAUUCGUUUCUCUGUCGCCCUUGCCCGCGGGCUGCGCGCCGCGACCCUCGGCGCCUUUGUCCUCCCGCCGCUAGACGACCCCCUCAACUGCGACUUGCCUCCGUCGACUCCGAACCACCUCCCCGCUGCGUCGUCAACUAA